CUCAGUGUCAGUGUGCGUGUUGGGUUGUGUAGAGUUGGUCCGUGGGGAGGUCGCGGGGGUUUGAGCCUUUACACCCGGGCAAAUCCGCUCUCUCACGCUGGUAUAUGGGAUGGAAGCGGGGCCAGCGACAGCAGCAGCAGUUGGCCCAUAUGUGCCACCUCUGCAGCAGGUGUUCCAAGCACCACGACGACCAGGGAUAGGAACGAUAGGCAAGCCAAUUAAACUUCUAGCCAACUACUUUGAAGUUGAUAUUCCGAAAAUCGAUGUUUACCAUUACGAGGUGGAUAUAAAGCCAGAUAAAUGUCCAAGGAGAGUAAACAGGGAAGUGGUGGAGUACAUGGUUCAACACUUCAAACCUCAGAUCUUUGGAGACAGAAAGCCAGUGUAUGAUGGGAAAAAGAAUAUUUAUACAGCAACACUACUACCAAUUGGCCAGGAUCGGGUUGACUUUGAGGUGACCAUACCCGGUGAAGGAAAAGAUCGCAUUUUUAAAGUUUCAAUUAAAUGGUUAGCAGUGGUGAGUUGGAGAUUGCUGCAUGAAGCCCUCGUCAGUGGUCGAAUUCAGGUUCCUUUAGACUCUGUUCAAGCCCUGGAUGUAGCUAUGAGGCACCUGGCAUCAAUGAGGUAUACCCCUGUUGGUCGAUCUUUCUUCUCUCCACCUGAGGGUUACUACCACCCAUUGGGUGGAGGCAGAGAAGUCUGGUUUGGUUUCCAUCAGUCUGUCCGACCUGCCAUGUGGAAAAUGAUGUUGAACAUUGAUGUAUCAGCAACAGCUUUCUACAAAGCUCAGCCUGUAAUUGAAUUUAUGUGUGAAGUCCUUGACAUACGGAACAUCGAUGAGCAGCCAAAGCCUCUUACUGACUCUCAAAGAGUGCGUUUUACUAAAGAAAUUAAAGGUUUAAAAGUAGAGGUGACUCACUGCGGACAAAUGAAGAGGAAAUAUCGAGUAUGCAAUGUCACCCGACGGCCAGCCAGUCACCAGACAUUCCCCUUGCAACUGGAAAGUGGACAGACCGUGGAGUGCACAGUAGCACAAUAUUUCAAACAGAAAUACAACCUUCAGCUGAAGUACCCACAUCUACCCUGUUUACAGGUGGGACAGGAACAGAAGCACACCUACCUGCCACUUGAGGUAUGUAACAUUGUACCUGGCCAACGAUGCAUCAAGAAACUUACGGACAAUCAAACGUCAACAAUGAUUAAAGCAACAGCACGAUCAGCACCAGACAGGCAGGAAGAGAUCAGUAGACUGAUGAAGAAUGCCAGCUACAACCUUGAUCCCUACAUUCAGGAAUUUGGGAUAAAGGUGAAAGAUGACAUGACUGAAGUCACAGGCCGGGUUUUGCCAGCUCCGAUUUUACAGUACGGUGGCCGGAACCGAGCAAUUGCUACUCCAAAUCAGGGAGUGUGGGAUAUGCGUGGCAAACAGUUCUACAAUGGGAUCGAGAUCAAAGUCUGGGCCAUCGCCUGCUUUGCACCACAGAAGCAGUGCAGGGAGGAGGUGCUGAAGAGUUUUACUGACCAGCUGCGAAAAAUAUCUAAGGAUGCAGGAAUGCCUAUCCAGGGUCAACCAUGUUUCUGUAAAUAUGCACAAGGCGCUGACAGUGUGGAACCGAUGUUCAGGCAUCUGAAGAACACCUAUUCAGGACUCCAGCUUGUAAUUGUUAUUUUACCUGGGAAAACACCUGUCUAUGCUGAGGUGAAGCGAGUAGGUGAUACUCUCCUUGGGAUGGCAACACAAUGUGUUCAGGUGAAAAAUGUGGUGAGGACGUCUCCUCAGACUUUGUCUAACCUCUGCCUAAAAAUCAAUGUGAAAUUGGGUGGAAUCAACAACAUACUAGUACCUCAUCAACGUUCAGCUGUGUUCCAGCAGCCUGUGAUUUUCUUGGGCGCAGAUGUCACACACCCACCAGCUGGAGAUGGGAAGAAACCCUCCAUAACGGCAGUGGUUGGCAGCAUGGAUGCUCAUCCAAGCCGUUACUGUGCCACAGUUCGUGUGCAGCGACCUCGUCAGGAAAUAAUUGAAGACCUUUCCUACAUGGUUAGAGAACUACUGAUCCAAUUUUACAAAUCUACCCGCUUCAAGCCAACAAGGAUCAUCUUCUAUAGGGAUGGCGUUCCUGAAGGACAGUUGCCACAGAUACUACACUACGAGCUCUUGGCUAUUCGUGAUGCUUGUAUCAAACUGGAAAAAGAUUAUCAACCUGGAAUUACCUAUAUAGUUGUCCAAAAACGGCAUCACACACGGCUCUUCUGUGCUGAUAAGAGCGAGAGGAUUGGAAAAAGUGGGAACAUACCAGCAGGGACAACAGUUGACACCAAUAUCACCCACCCAUUUGAAUUUGAUUUCUACCUUUGCAGUCAUGCUGGGAUUCAGGGCACCAGCAGACCUUCACAUUACUAUGUCUUAUGGGAUGACAAUCGAUUCACUGCAGAUGAGCUUCAGAUCUUGACUUAUCAGUUAUGUCACACUUAUGUGCGGUGCACACGUUCUGUCUCCAUUCCGGCACCAGCCUAUUAUGCUAGAUUGGUGGCAUUCAGGGCAAGAUAUCACUUGGUGGACAAGGAGCAUGACAGUGGAGAAGGCAGCCAUAUCUCCGGACAGAGUAAUGGACGGGAUCCCCAGGCACUUGCCAAAGCUGUCCAGGUUCACCAAGACACCUUACGCACAAUGUACUUCGCAUAAGUAUGUGAUAGCUCAGUCACCUCAACUUGCCAGCCUCUGGACUAGAAGCAGCCAUACAUGAACAUUCAAGUAUCUUCCACCGACAAUGUCUUGGAGGUUGGAAAGGGUCAAUAUAUAUUUUACAAUGAGUAGCUAAUGAACUACAAAAUGGACUGGGAAAGAUUGACCAGAAAAAUUAAAGAAGAGGUCAGAACUAUUCCACAUGAAGAAAACAGGUUUCAUGUUCAAGUUUUAUUUUUUACUUAUUUAUGCAAUAUAUUGAUAACUUUUUAAUGUAAAAUGGAAAUGUUCACCACUGCCAAACUCCUGUUAGUUUUUAAGAGACAUGUGGAUGAAAGAAAAUGGUCGAUCAGCAACUACUUCAAACGACAUCAUUCAAGGGAUGAAAAGUCCCAAUAGUCCAAAAGCUGAACUUCUCAAUUUAGUGCCUGGCCUUAAUUAUUUGAAUCUGCCAGUCUGUUAGACUUGCCAGAGUUCUUUUCAUGCAUAUGCCUAAGUUGGCACCAAAACAUAUCAGUAGUUCUGAACCUGAUAAUGUUAUUUGUGAUGUCUCGUUCUUUAUUGUUCUCUUGAGUUUCAUUUUGACAAGUGCAUAAAGUUUUGUGUAUUCACACAGUCUAAAGAAAUGUUAUCAUGGUCACUUUCCAAAGUCUGGACUUUGAAAGUUGGUAUGAAUUCAUGGGAAGGAAGACAAAUAGAAGUCCUGGUUCUGAAGUAGUAAGAGAAUUGCUUGUAAAUUAUUUUUUUAAAAUGUCACAAUAAGAACCUUAAAGCAUUGUGAUGGCUGCACUCCAUUUGUACUGAUAUUGUAAGCCACUCCUGCUCAACCUACAAAAAGGGGGUGAAAAUAGCAGUAAGGGAACAAGUAGAAUAUAGAUCAAAUUUAGCAGACAGUUAAAUGAAUAAAGAGCUGGGGUAUUUUGAAAGUUGCUGUUCUUUGAAUAUUCUUCAGCUGUCUAGCAAAAGAAUUGGACACCAGUGAACACUGGCUGUAAUUCUCAUUCAUUAUUUUGGACAUGGAUAUAGAUUAACAAAAAGCUUAGUUUUGUAUCUUUUUAAAGGGCAUUAAAGAUUGUGCAAUUUUUUUGAUCUUCCUCCAUACUGAAUUAGUAAUUUGUUAUAGAUUGUUUUAACUGCUUUGUUUAGCCUUCAUUUGGAUUUGAAGCCACCUUGUUUCUUUUUACAUACCCACUACAUUUUUAAAAGUGAUUUUUUGUAAUCUGGAGAUCUCAGUGCUAGUAAAUUCAGAAUUUUCCAGAUAAUUCUGCAACCGCCUCAUGCCAGUAUAUUGGACAAAUAUAAAUAAGAUGCACUAUGAAAGCUUCCUGUACUGUAUCCCAGUUCUACAGGUUGUAUUUCUUAAACCAACCAGACUGUGAAACUGUCAAAUUUUCAGUCAUGUCCAUUUGGCACUAAAUUGGAACUGGCCAUAACUUACAGGUAUAUUAUUAUGAACCCAGGUUCAAGAGGUGCAAGUGUAUUGUUCUAACUUACUGCACAGCUCUGAAUAGAUUUGAAAAUGAAUGGGGUUGUAUAGACAAGUAGAGUGAUCUGUCAAGGUAUAGUUGAAAUUAUUACAGCAUACUAGGGUGUAAUUUUAAAGUGUUUGCACUAGAAUUAAAUAAACAAAGUAGAACAAACGAGUCAGCUGACAAACCUGUUAAUAUCAUUAAUUUCAGUUAAUACCAUGCACUACAAAUGUAAUCAGUGGGAAGAAACCACUAGAAAUGCAUUAAGAUGCAUUUUAACAGUCCAGGAUUAUUACUUGAAUUUCAAGUUUUUGAAGUCUCCAUUGGCCCUUCAAUCUUCACUUUUCCUUUUUAAGAUAUCUUACUGGAAUAUGGUCAAGAGAGUCUGGCUGUGUUUGAUAUCUCAUGCAAGGUACCUUUGUUUAUAUUGGAUUAGAGAUGGUGUGCAUUGACAAACUGCAAAUAUCCAGGCAUGAAAGCCUGUGGAAUUCCAUUCUUAGCCUAUUUCUUUAAACUCACUUUGUAGCAGAGGGUAUUGCACAGCAAUUGAGAAGAGGCCCUGGCUCAUUAGCCCUAUUCUAAUCGAAAUCUCAUAACUCUGCACAAUCUAAGAAUUAAACAGAAGAUCAACCAGCCUUUAAGGGAAAGUUACAACCCACUUCUGUCAGCUGUCAUGGAAGAAUUUUGUACGCAUAUAUAUUUUAAAACUCCAUUUGAAGCAAGUACACCAAAGGUCACUUAUGUUUUGGGAGUAGUUUAAAAUUGGUAUCACUGGAAGGAAAUCACCAGUUACACCAUCCCAACUUACUGUUGGUUCCAGUCUUUUACACCUGGACAUCAGAGUUGGUGUUAGUGAAACUGAUGAUUCCAUCCUGCAUGCUGUAUGGUUGUUUUCUCCACCUGUUUUUUCAUUUCCUAUUGAAAAAUCUUCCAAAAAACUCCAGCUAAGUUUAUUUUGGGUGUGUAGGAACUAGUUGGUAGCAGGUGGAGAGUGGAAAAACAGAUUGGUCAGUCUUAUUUAGUCCUUGAUGACAAGAGUGGAUUUAUCCAAGUAGAAAGUGAAAGCUGAAGAUUGUUAACCACCCAUGUCUAAUGUGCUUAUACAAAAAUGUACGAGAAAAAGUGGCCCACAAGUCACUGGAUGUUUUUAAUGUGCAUGUCUGAUACUUGGCUACAUAGGAAGAGGAAAAGUGAAGAGAAUCAAGCUGGGCUACUGUGUUUUUUUUUCCCCCAGUUAUCUAUUGGGAGAUGGGCAUUUUUAGAGGCCUGAAACUACUUACCCUCCUGAUCCAAAUCAUGAUGCAUAAAAAGGAAAGCAAAUUAGCUUUUAAAAUGCACAAUAUUAAUUCUCCAUUUUGUCAAAUGGUGGAAGUCUAAUAAGAAAUGUAACAAUAAACAACAUAUACAGGGUCGGUGGCUAGACCCUUCCUUAAUCCUGGUUGAUUAUCUCUGAUCAGUUUAGUCUAAGAAGCAAUUCCCUACUUUGUGGGAAAGAUAGAGGGGUUGCUUGAAAAGAUACAAAAUAACGAAUAGCUGAAUGCCAGAUUCAGUCUUUGGUCUUGGUUGAAUUACCUGAUGCUGACUGGGUAUCAUAAUAAAGUCAGUGGUAUUGAGUUAGCAAAGUUGGUUGGGAUUGCUAUUUGACGUCACUAACCACUAAUUUUUGCUGGAAAUGUGGGGUGUAGGUCCUUCACAGUUAAAUUGCCUAAAGGGUGAACUGGGGAUUGAGGAGCUGGAAUUUGCCAGUAUCUUCAGGUAGUGUGGUAAAAAGGGGAAGGAUAAUCUGGACAUCUAUUUUGAGCAAAAAUUAAACGAUAUUCAAGUGAAUACUUGGAAACAUCUACAAUUUGACAGUAAAACUGAUGGUUUAAAAUAAUUAGUAAAUCAAAUUCUCACCCUUCAGUCAGCUGAUAAUUCAGUAAUUCUGGAGCUCAAGCUUUCGUUUUCCAGGACACUACCAGCCAUUCCUGUUGUGAUUUUUUUUUAAAAAAGGUUAUAGUCAGCUAAGGUAAAAGUUAUGUGCAAGUAUUUACGGAGGCAGAGUGGUUUAUUUUCUUACACUGAACCGAUAUACUGAAGUUAACUUUAAUUAUAAUUUUCUAUGUUCCUUUUCCUCGAUGCACAAGUGUUUUUUAAAGAAUAAAAAGUGAUUUGAAGAAA